ACAUUCAAAGACUCUAAAGUUCAUUUUUUUGAGAAUCUUUGAUUCUUUUUUCCAAAAUUAAGAUGGUGUCUAUUUCAAACAAUAACCAAAAACAACUUCUUUCAAAGAUAGCCACAAAUGAUGGUCAUGGAGAAAAUUCACCUUAUUUUGAUGGUUGGAAGGCUUAUGCAAAUGACCCUUUUCAUCUAACUGAUAAUCCUAAUGGUGUUAUUCAGAUGGGUCUUGCUGAAAAUCAGCUUUGCUUUGAUUUAAUCCAAGAAUGGGUGGUGAAUAACCCAAAGGCAUCAAUUUGCACUGUUGAAGGAGCUGAAAAUUUCCAGGAUAUUGCAAUUUUUCAAGAUUAUCAUGGCUUGCCAGAGUUUAGACAAGCAGUUGCAAGGUUUAUGGAGAAAGUGAGAGGUGACAAAGUUACAUUUGAUCCAGACAGAAUAGUUAUGAGUGGAGGAGCAACUGGUGCUCAUGAAAUGCUUGCUUUUUGCUUGGCUGAUCCUGGUGAUGCUUUUUUGGUCCCAACACCAUAUUAUCCAGGAUUUGAUAGAGAUUUGAGAUGGAGAACUGGUGUGCAACUAUUUCCAGUUGUUUGUGAAAGUUGUAAUGAUUUCCAAGUGACUAAAAAAGCCUUAGAAGAAGCAUAUGAAAAAGCUCAACAAUCCAACAUCAAAAUAAAAGGCUUACUUAUAAACAAUCCUUCAAAUCCAUUAGGUACUCUUCUUGACAAGGACACACUCAGAGACAUUGUAACGUUCAUUAACUCGAAAAACAUCCAUUUAGUAUGCGAUGAAAUCUAUGCUGCUACGGUCUUUGAUCAGCCUAGAUUCAUCAGUGUAUCUGAAAUAGUUGAGGAGAUGAUUGAAUGCAACAAAGAUUUGAUCCACAUUGUCUAUAGCUUGUCUAAAGAUUUAGGAUUUCCAGGAUUCAGAGUUGGGAUUGUUUACUCGUACAACGAUACAGUUGUAAACAUUGGUAGAAAGAUGUCGAGCUUUGGGCUAGUUUCAACUCAGACACAACAUUUGCUUGCAUCAAUGUUGUCUGAUGAGGUCUUUAUUGAGAAAUUCAUUGCUGAGAGUUCCGAAAGGCUCGGAGAAAGGCAGGGGAUGUUUACAAAAGGACUAGCAGAAGUUGGGAUUAGUACAUUGAAAAGCAAUGCUGGUUUGUUUUUCUGGAUGGAUUUAAGGAGACUUCUUAAAGAAGUAACAUUUGAUGGUGAGUUAGAAUUAUGGAGAAUUAUUAUUAAUGAAGUGAAACUUAAUGUUUCACCAGGAUGUUCUUUUCAUUGUUCUGAACCUGGAUGGUUUAGAGUUUGUUUUGCAAAUAUGGAUGACGAAACGAUGAGAAUUGCAUUAAAAAGGAUAAGUUACUUUGUGCUUCAGCCAAAGGGACUUAACAACAAAGCUGCUGUUAACAAACAAUGCAGCAGGAGAAAACUUCAGAUCAGCUUAUCGUUUCGAAGAUUGGAUCAUGAGUUCAUGAACUCACCAGCUCACUCUCCGAUGAAUUCGCCUUUGGUCAGGACUUAAAGAAGGGGAAAAAUGGUUUAGUUUUGUUUUUGUUGUUUGUCUAAUAAGAGAAGGUCCUUUGUUAUAGCGAUGAGUGAUAGUACUAAGUAUUUGAUUUCACAGUUAUUUCCAUUUUGUGCAACAGAUGAAAGAAAAUAAAAAGAUGUAAGGUAUAGAGAGUGUUUUGGAUUUUUAUUAUCUGAAUUUUUCCUAUCAUCCCAUCAAUGUAUCAAAAUGGGAUUCACUCUGGAAUUUGUAUUUGUUCUUGGUUUUUUUAAUUCCUUCUUGAAAAUGAAGGAGGGUGUAAGUUGUAACCAGAAAUUUUACUUGCUUAUAUAUAUA